CACGAUGACAUCUCCAAAGGUUGUUUUCUAUCUGACAUGUUUGUUCUUGGGGAAAAUAGCUAAGAUGACUGAUCUGUCCUCAUCUGUCCGUCAAGAGGGUGGUUUUGUAUCUGCUGAUGUUGGUGACAGCGUAACUUUGCGAUGUUUCUGUAACGUUAAUACGGCAGCAAGAUUUUUCUGGUAUAAACAAAAUCUGGGACAGAAACCAAGACUCAUCUCUAGCUCCUACACAUUUAAUAAAAAUGGCACUUUUUAUGAUGAAUUCAAGAACAAUCCACGCUUCACACUGGAAACUGAACGUGGUAAAAAUCACUUGACGAUCUCAGAUUUACACAUUUCAGACUCAGCUACUUACUACUGCGCAAGUAGCCUUUCACUAACAUUUGAGUUUGCAGAGGGCACUACUGUCAGUGUAAAGGGUUCAGGUUUGAAAGUCCCAGCUUUGGUCCUUCAGUCAGCAUCUGAGCCCAUCCAGCCAGGAGGCUCUGUGACUCUGAACUGUACAGUACACACUGGGACCUGUGAUGGAGAACACAGUGUUUACUGGUUCAAAAACUCUGAAGAAUCUCAUCCAGGACUCAUUUACACCCAUGGAGGCAGGAACGAUCAGUGUGAGAGGAAAUCCAACACACAAACACACACCUGUGUUUACAACUUGGCAUUGAAGAGCCUGAAUCUUUCUCAUGCUGGGACCUACUACUGUGCUGUUGCCUCAUGUGGACAUGUACUGUUUGGAAACGGGACCAAGCUGGACUUUGAGUGUGAUAAAGUCUCUCUUGUCUUGGUGUAUUUCCUAAGUGGCGGUUUGAUAUUCACCACCAUCCUGAAUUUUUUACUGACUUUUUUACUGUACAGUAAGAGAAACAGCUGCCAAUGUGGAGAAUCUCAUGCAAGAUUUUCAGCUUCCUCCACAACAAAUGCAGAGGGUUACAAAAAUGAGGAUAAUCUCCAUUACGCUGCUUUAAGAAUAAAAAAGGCCAGCAGAGGAGACAGAAGACAGAGGGACGACACACAAGAAGAGUGUGUGUACUCCAGAGUGAAGCAAUAA